AAUCAAACAAAAUGUCGGAACAAAACGAAACGAUGAACUUUAUGACGUUUAAUUGUCAUUAAAAUAUUUGAGUAAAUUUAGAUCAAUCAAUAAGAAAAUUAGAUUAUCAUUGCAUGUUUUGGUCCUAUCCUUACCGGAUCUCGUCCAUGUGAAAUUUAUUUGUACACGUCAUUUUAUGACGCAGACGUUACUCUUUUAAGUCACUUUAAGUAACUCGAGUGUUUAAAUAAUAUGAUCUCCAGUAUCGUCUUAAAAGUAUUUAAGCGGAUUGAUCCUAGCAGAGUUGGCCACGAGAAGCAAAGAGGAAGAGGAAAAGUUUGUAUAUCAACCUUAUAAAAUAAUAUUUUGUAUUUUAAAAAAGUAUUUUCAUUUGAUAUAAUGGGUGAUAGCGACGAUGAAAAUAUGGAAGAUAGCUCUUCUGUUAAUCUGAUGGGAUUUCUUUUCGGUAAUAUCGACGAAUCCGGAAAACUUGAAAGCGAUGUUCUGGAUUGGGAGUCCCAAAAACAAUUAGCCGCCCUUGGCAAAUUGGCACUGGGAUCUUUCUUAAAAGAAAUGAUUGGUGAAGAACAAAUUCAAAAUGAAACAGAAGUUGACUUUGAUCCAGAUGGCGCAGGAUCGAUGCUGGAUAAUAAUUCAGAUGUUAAAAGUCUGUCAGCUGAAUUUGAUGUAAAAUCUCCAUCAGCAGAAGACUUCUCUGAUAUUAAUGAACUGGCGGAAGACGAAGUUACACAGCCAAUGCAAGAGGACUAUUAUGCUGAUGACGAAAGCCAUAAACAUGAUAAAAUUCUUAUGCCUCCACCACCACGUCCUUUUAAUCAGGCAACAGAUAAUAUAGAUUUAGGGAACAUUGAGCAGGAAAAGAAAAAAUUGGAGACUCCGCUAGCAGCUAUGCUUCCUUCCAAAUACAGAAAUGUUGAUGUUACUGAACUGUUCCCAGACUUCCGACAUGGAAAAGUGUUGCGUUUCUCUAGAUUAUUUGGACCUGGAAAACCAACUAGUUUACCAAAUAUUUGGAAAAAUGUCAGGAAGAAAAGAAGGAAACAAAAGCACAAAGAAAGCAUGGGGCAACAUGAUUCUGACUCAUCAGAGGAGGAUAAACCAAAAAAUAAAGGGUGGAUGUUUGAUUAUGCUAGUUCUAUAUCACCUGAUCAAGUAAAAAGUGAUGACGAAGAAAAGUUUUUGAAACCAAUUGAAGUGCAAAAUGAGGAGAAUAAGUUAAAAGCAGAAAAGAAAGAUGACAAUUGGCCUAAGGCUGCCGACUGGAGAUUUGGACCAGCACAAAUUUGGUAUGAUAUGCUACAAGUACCUGAAACAGGAGAUGGAUUUGAUUAUGGUUUCAAAAAACCAAUUAGUGAAGAAUUGCAGGUCAAUAGGAUGGAAGAGAAGUUUAUCUUUACUACAAAGAAUGUUGACCAUGAGGAAUCAUUUCCAGACGACGCAUUUUUAAUGGUAACACAACUGCAUUGGGAAGAUGAUGUAGUUUGGGAUGGAAAUGAUAUCAAACACAAAGUACUUCAGAAGCUAAAUAGCAAGACUAAUGCUGCUGGCUGGGUACCAAGUAGUGGCAAUCGAACUGCCCAAGCAUUUAGUCAACCUGGAAAAGUCGGCACAAACAUGAGGAUGCCCCCUACUGCUAAUCCACCCUUGCCUGGCAUAAAACCAAAGGCACAAAUUUUGCAAAAUAAACCAAAAACGGAACAAGAUAUUGAUGACACUUGGUAUUCUAUUUUCCCUGUGGAAAAUGAAGAUUUGGUAUAUGGUAGGUGGGAAGAUGAUGUAAUAUGGGAUUCAGAAUGCAUGAUGAAUGUACCAAAGCCUUCGAUUUUGACUUUGGAUCCUAAUGAUGAGAACAUUAUCUUAGGAAUUCCUGAUGACAUAGAUCCGUCUAAGCAAGUAGCAGGCCAACCUACCCCAGUGAAAGUUAAAAUUCCCCAUCCGCACGUGAAAAAAUCAAAAAUUCUCCUCGGCAAAGCUGGGGUUAUAAAUGUACUUCAAGAAGAUACGCCACCUCCUCCUCCAAAAUCACCUGACAGGGAUCCAUUCAAUAUAUCCAACGACAUCUAUUAUCAACCGCGGACUUCUGAAUCUACGAUGCGUCUAAAGGUGGGAGGAGCAAAUUUAAUUCAGCAUUCUACUCCGGUGGUGGAAUUACGCGCACCGUUUAUUCAAACUCAUAUGGGGCCCAUGCGUCUAAGAAAUUUUCAUCGACCGCCAAUGAAGCGUUUCUCUCAUGGCCCUUUGGCACAGCCUGGACCACACCCAGCAUUACCAUUAGUAAAACAUAUUCGUAAGAAAGCCAAGCAACGUGAACAGGAAAGGAUGGCAUCUGGUGGUGGGGAUGUUUUCUUUAUGAGAACGCCCGAAGAUUUAACAGGUAGAGACGGCGAUUUAAUUUUGGUCGAAUUUUGCGAAGAACAUCCUCCUUUAAUGAAUCAGGUGGGAAUGUGUUCAAAAAUUAAAAAUUAUUACAAAAGAAAAGCCGCCAAAGAUACGGGACCGCCAGCAUAUAAAUAUGGAGAGACUGCGUAUGCGCACACGUCACCUUUUCUGGGCAUAUUACAUCCUGGUCAGUCUAUCCAGGCAAUUGAGAAUAAUAUGUAUCGAGCACCCAUCUACACUCACGAGGUUAACCCGACAGAUUUCUUAAUAAUACGAACACGCCAGCAGUAUUAUAUAAGAGAGAUAGAUGCAUUGUUUGUGGCGGGCCAAGAGUGUCCCCUUUAUGAAGUUCCUGGGCCAAAUUCCAAACGGGCAAACAAUUUUGUACGCGAUUUUCUACAAGUAUUUAUCUAUCGCCUGUUUUGGAGAAGCAGAGACAAUCCUCGUCGUAUAAAAAUGGACGACAUCAAAAAGGCCUUUCCGUCUCAUUCCGAAAGUAGCAUAAGAAAACGUCUUAAGCUUUGCGCAGAUUUUAAAAGAACCGGAAUGGAUUCAAAUUGGUGGGUCAUUAAACCCGAAUUUCGUUUGCCGACCGAAGAAGAAAUUAGAGCCAUGGUGUCUCCAGAGCAAUGUUGCUCCUAUUUUAGCAUGGUCGCAGCAGAACAACGUUUAAAGGAUGCUGGAUAUGGCGAGAAAUUCAUUUUAACUUCAGUUGAUGACGACGACGAGGACAUGCAAUCAAAAAUGGAGGACGAGGUAAAAGUCGCGCCAUGGAACACAACCAGAGCAUAUAUUCAAGCAAUGAAGGGCAAGUGUUUAUUGCAGCUGACUGGUCCCGCAGACCCAACUGGUUGCGGUGAGGGUUUCAGUUACGUCAGGGUUCCUAAUAAACCAACACAGAGCAAAGAGGAACAAGAAUCUCAACCUAAAAGAACAGUUACUGGCACUGAUGCUGAUCUUAGAAGACUAUCUCUCAACAACGCGAAGGCGUUAUUACGUAAAUUUGGAGUUCCCGAAGAGGAAAUAAAAAAACUAUCACGGUGGGAAGUCAUCGACGUUGUUCGGACUUUGUCUACCGAAAAAGCAAAGGCGGGAGAGGAAGGAAUGGAUAAGUUCUCUCGCGGCAAUAGAUUCUCAAUAGCGGAACACCAGGAGCGUUAUAAGGAAGAAUGUCAACGAAUUUUUGAUUUACAAAAUAAAGUCUUAGCUAGUGAAGAGGUACUCAGUACAGAUGAGGGAGAAAGUUCGGAAGACGAAAGCGACGACGAUAUAGAGGAAAUGGGAAAAAACAUUGAAAAUAUGCUUGCCAACAAAAAAACUAGUUCGCAAUUAUCACUUGAAAGAGAGGAGCAAGAGAGACAAGAAUUAAGAAAAAUGAUCAUGGAAGGAGAAAAGGAUAAGUCGAAAGAUAAGAAAAAAGAUGAUGAUGAUAAUCAGGAUCAGUCAAAUUACGCUCAACAAGGUCGUGUUUUGAAAAUAAUACGAACUUUUCGGAAUCCUGAAGGAAAGGAAUUUACUAGAGUCGAAUAUGUUCGAAAGGCCGCGAUAAUUGAUGCUUAUGUUAAAAUUAGGACCACAAAAGAUGAAAGUUUUAUAAGACAAUUCGCUACAUUAGACGAUGCUCAAAAGGAAGAAAUGAAGAGGGAAAAGAGGCGAAUCCAAGAGCAGUUAAGAAGAAUAAAACGGAACCAAGAGAAAGAGAGAAUGAGUUUAAAUCAUCAGCACCAUAAUCCUAUUUUUGCGGCAAAUGUGAAAACUGAGACUUUACCUAAUCCGAAUGAUUCUCCACCUAUUCCAGUUGCUUCUACGUCAAUGAAAAGUUUAAAUCAGAGUCCCCCGAAAUCAAGGCGAAAGGCAAAAAUGAAACCCGAUCUAAAGCUAAAGUGUGGCGCCUGUGGUAAUGUAGGUCAUAUGCGAACGAAUAAGGCUUGUCCAUUAUAUCAGAAUUCUGGUGUAACAACACCUAUAAAUGUAGCUAUGACUGAAGACCAAGAAGAAGAGAUAGAAAAACAACUGAACACGGACGACGAAGAUUUAGUGAAUGUUGAUGGCGUGAAAGUGAAGUUAUCUGGCAAGUUAUUAAAACACGCCGAAGAAAUGAAAAGAAGGAGUCUUUUACUUAAGGUACCCAAAGAUGCACUAGGUAAAAAGAAACGUCGAGGUGUUUCUGAUUUGCAUUGUGACUAUCUUAAAAGGCAUAAUAAACCCGCAAAUCGAAGAAGAACUGAUCCCGUUGUUGUCCUAUCAACAAUUCUAGAAAAUAUACUGAAUGAAAUGAGAGACAUGCCUGAUGUGCAGCCAUUUUUAUUCCCCGUCAAUCAGAAAUUAGUAAUAGAUUAUUACAAAAUUAUUCAACGGCCAAUGGAUCUGCAAACAAUUAGAGAGAACUUAAGGCAAAAGAAGUAUCAAAGUCGCGAAGAAUUUCUGGCCGAUGUAAAUCAGAUUGUUGAAAAUUCUUCAUUAUAUAACGGACCAAAAAGUAGUUUAACGGUGGCGGCAACCAGAAUGCUUAAUAAAUGUGUAGAUAGACUAAAGGAAAAAGAAGACAGGUUAAUGCGUCUUGAAAAGGCUAUUAAUCCAUUACUGGACAAUGACCAAGUUGCGUUCACUUACCUUUUGGAAAAUAUUAUGAAUACGAAAUUGAAGGCUUUAUCAGAAUCGUGGCCUUUUCACAAACCAGUUAAUAAAAAAAAUGUUAAAGACUAUUAUAGCAUUGUUAAGAGGCCAAUGGAUUUGGAAACUAUUUCUAAAAGAAUAAUGACUCACAGGUACCACAAUCGACAUGAAUUUUUGGCUGAUGUGCAACAAAUUUUGGAGAACUGUAUUCUUUAUAAUGGAAAAGAUUCCCCUUUUACCGAAAAGGCGGAAUUGCUAGUUAAAGCGUGUAGAGCUGCGUUGGAAGAAUUUGACGAGCAUUUGACACAACUGGAAAGUAAGCUUGCUUUAGCAGAAGAAAAAGCGAUACAAGACGAUGAAAGUUGGAUGGGUGUUGAAGAAGAACCUUACAGCGCAAUCCUUGAUGCAGAAAGGAUGAGCCAAGCUAGUUCUCCAGGUCCAUUUUCUUCAGUGAAGUCUCAGGCCGACGACUAUGAAUAUAUUGACGUCGAAGGAGAUAUUCAAUUAAGUGACUCUCAAACGCCAAAAAAACCGAGAAAAAAGAUUAAAUUGGAAGAAGCUGCCACAUUGGAACAGGACCUUCAAUUCUCUAGUGAAGAUGAACUUGAUGAAGUACCUUUACAUGAAUUUGAACCUGACCAAAAAGGGAUUCUAAUAUCUGCAGACAUUCCCGUGGAAGUAGCCGAUGACGAUAGUCAACAGGCUGCCGAGGCGAUGGUUCAGUUGGGUACUCUCGGGUAUUACCAACAAAAUAUGCCGCCUGAAGCAGAAGCAUUAAUAUUUAAAGAGGAAAGUAUGGAUGUUGAUCCUAAUUAUGAUCCGUCAGAUUUCCUCAUGUCGGGUUUGACAUUGGUUCGAAAAGUUGAAGACCCAAUUCAAGGUCAAGAUAUUAAAAUUCAUGACGAUUUAGCGGUAAGUGACAGCGAAGAUGAAGCAAACACUUUUCAAAGUCAUCAAAAUCAAAGCGCUGGGCAAGAAGAAGAAGGUGUGGUAUGGUUUUAAUAAACAAUGUAUAUAUAAAAAAAUGUAGGUAUAUAAUUUAUAGUAUUUAAUGGUAAACACAUGUAAUGUUCCGAAAUAAAAUUAUUAUAUAAUCCGGUAAGCCACACUACAUAAUUUAUUAAUAAGGCGUUAAAUAUCUGACUCCACUCCAUUGUUGCUGAGUAUCAAAGGUAAUCCUACAGUUUAUGUAAUUGGUAAAUGGGAAAAUUUUAUCUGCUGCAUAGUGUUGCUAUAUUUAUUCUAUUUAAACAGGAAAUUAUAUAGCAAAAUUGUGGUUAUAUAAGACUGCCAUGAAAACUCUGACAUCACCAUUACAAAAAAAGAUUCGCAAUGAUUUUAAAGUGCAGCAAUAAAAUUCACAUUCUAUUAGUUUUCCUAUUUCACUUUUGAACUUUACAUAAUGUGUCAAAAUGAGAUUAAUUAAUUAAUUAAUUAGCCAGAGACUUGCCUUGGCAAAAACUUAAGGGUGCACUGUUAGUGUUUAAUUGAAUUAUUGGACCAGCAGUAGCAAUAUUACAUGUUAAAACAACACAAACAGUACUGUCGUCCGAUUAUUUUGUUUGUAAAUCGGCGCAAAGCGUUAAUUUUCAUAAAUUCAUCUAAUCAAUCUAAACAACAAAGUCGAAAUCACCAAAGAUGGCUGUUAAAAAUCUAUAUAUACCUUUGAGAUGUUAGAUAUCGCACAAUAAAUAUCUAAGUGGAAAAAAUGUUUAAGAAGCAGUUCCUAUAGACAGAACGCUCAUCCCUUCAACGCAAGUCUAGUAAACAUACAAUUAUAAAAAGUGCGAUUGGAAAACAACAUAUUACAAAACAUAUGCAUGGUAAAAACAUUGUAUAUUGUAUCAUAAUUUAAAAAACAAAAUAAGCAAGCGUAUUUUGCUGGAAAAAAUUGCAUCUGCCAUCAAAAAGUUGCGCAGUUAAAAGUUCUUGUCUGCGAAAAAUUCAUGCAGAAAUACAUGUAGAAAAUUAGUUAUACUUUGUCACAGGGCACAGACGGUUCUGUGACGAUAAUACUUACUUAACACGGCGUUGCCAGUUAUGUUCGAAUGUCAAAGAUUGAUGUUGCGUUCUUACAAAAAUUAAUCAAUUAAUCAGUUGAGGGGUGAAGCAUAUGCAAAAGAUCCUUCUCUAC